UGUCAAUUGUGAAUGAAAUGCCGCAAAUAGCGGUGUGUUCAUCAUGGGUGGAUGCAUAGGAGUGAGUCGUUCUCGGAGCGGUGCUAUCGACGAUUCGUCCGGGUCCAUCUCGAGACCCAAUUCAGGUAGCACGCGCAAGAACCAUCCGCUGUGCCAUGAAACGAUACGCUGGAAAUCCGACGUGCCAUUAACCGAGGGCCAGUUGCGGAGCAAGCGGGAUGAGUUCUGGGACACGGCCCCCGCCUUCGAGGGCCGCAAGGAGAUCUGGGACGCGCUCCGGGCUGCCGCCGUGGCCGCCGAGGCCAUGGACUACGAGCUAGCCCAAGCCAUCCUCGACGGGGCGAGUGUCUCGGUGCCCAACGGCUACCUGACCGAGUGCUACGACGAGCUGGGGGCGCGCUACCAAGUCCCCAUUUAUUGCCUUUCGUACCCCAUUAACAUUGUCAAGGAGGACAACGGGAGGGACUCCCCGGCCGAGUGCUCGGAGCCUGUCGAUGGGGGCACCGAAACUGUGCUCAAACUGAGACUUUCGCACAAUUGUACUGACAUUAAGUUGGCAGUUUACUCGACUGAUACUAUUAGUAUGUGUAAAAAGAAGUUACAGAGCCAAGAAGGUAUUGAAUCGUCGAGGCAAAGGUGGUUUUUCGGCGGGAAGUUGUUGGGGGAUAAGCUGCAUGUGGAAGAAGCCAAAAUACCUCCAGGCUACAUUGUUCAAGUUAUCGUCAAUAUGGAAACCUCGCCUGUUUCUAAGCAAGCCUUAUGAAAUUGAUUAGUAACCUCACUGUCAACUACUGAAGAUUCCUGUUGGAAGAAGUGGGUAAACAAUUAUUUCUUGGAACCAAAAUAAUACAGUGUUUCAUGAUGUUACUACAAAAAGACUAUUCAUAUCAUAAUAGAAAUCAUUAGAGGUUGAUUUAAGAGUGAAGUUUUAUAUUGAAGCAAAACAAUAAUUAAAUUAUUCGCCGCCUCACGUUUUUUGCAUACAAAAAUGCGGAUUUUUUUAGGCUUAUCUUAGGUCAAAACUUGUAUGCAUUUAUAUUUUUUGACUGACUAUAUUGUUUUUAGUUAUUGUACAGUUUAGAAUUUAUACUGCUUUAUCGACUGGACUUUGCUUUUGUAUUAUAUAAUUUAAUUUGCUAUUAUUAUAAUUUUUUAUGCGAUGAAUGGGAUGAAUUUGUCAAAGUCUCUUCUUAUGAAUGACGUAUGUCUAUUAUGGCAAGUAACUCGAGACGUACAAGAUUUACGUAUAAAUUCAUUCCUUCUUUACAUGUUGAUAUUUUGUAUAAUAUGUAAGUUUUUCUAAAUAAGAUUUUUAAUUCCAUGACUGCUAAUAUCACUUGUUAGAUCAGCUGACUGGAAAGUCUAUUUUUGUACACCUCGGUGUCAAACAGUUUACUUAAUCGGCCCACUUGUUAUUUUUUGGUCAAAAUGUUAGUCCGUCCGAAGGUUUUCACUUAGUACAAAUCAUCGACUACACUGGAAAAGCCUCGAAUUUUCAAGCUUCAAUCAAAAGUUAGUUUCAUUUGCACAUAUCAGUGUAGUUAAAAAACACGGAAUAAAUAACAAGUCGGGCCGUAAUACUCACUAAUUAAAAUACGAUAAAAGACUGUAGCUGAUAAUGUUGCUUGGGGCGUGAGGAAAAAUUCAAACCCCGUGUAAACAUAGUCACUGUCGAAACUAAACCAAUAAUGAGAUUAGGCAAUUUAAUGUAAAUAAAACGCAAUAAGUUUGAAACCAGAAGUGUUUUUUAUGGAAAUACGCACCAAAUAAGUAAAAUAACAGUUUGUUUUAUGGUGGAUCACGUGAUAUUGAUAUAUAUUUUGUUUUAAAAUAAAUGGUAGUGUCGAUAUUAAUUAUCAAUCAAAUAUCAAUAACCUUACAAUAAAAGUUUGUUACAUUACAA